AUGGGCGCGGCUACGUCGAAGGAUAUGGCCGCUGCAGUCCUGGUGCCACUGCCUUUCGACAUCAUCACCAUGGUCUUGCGGUUUUGGAUUCGGGCGCAGAGGAAAGCAUGGGGACCGGAUGACUGGGCCAUGGUUGCUACUAUUCCGGUUUGGGCAGUGUCGCAAAUCGGUUUAUUAGGUAUGGCCUGGAGCGGAGUUGGGCAACUGGAUAGCACCCUUUCUGCAGAACAAGUUGCCAACUCAUACUUCUGGUUUUAUGUUUUCCAGGAGUUCUGGUGUUUUACCUUGGUUACUCUCAAGUGGUCCCUUGGUUUCACUCUGCUACGCAUCGGUAAUGGUCAACGUUGGGUCCAAAUCGUCAUCUACACCUGCCUCGCACUAGUCACAGUCUGCACAGGAGGUACUGGCAUGUAUUUGUUCUUCCAAUGCUCGCCGGUUGAGAAAAACUGGCAUCAAAGCAUGCCAGGCGAAUGUAGACCUCGAGAAAUUCAGACCGCCCUGUCCUUCUUGGUUGCCGCAGUAUCGAUCUCAACUGACUGGAUAUUCGCAAUCAUGCCUUUUGCUCUCAUCUGGAGACUGCAGAUGGCGAACAAGGUCAAGGCGUCUGUUAUCGGUCUUCUGGGCUUGGGUUUCUUUGCAUCCGUGGCUCCGAUUGUUCGACUCAACUACCUCCUCCUACUCAACGAUGCCGAAAAGUUCCUGCAAGGCCUCAGCAUUAUCCUCGCUUGGGCACAGGCAGAAGUUGGCAUCGGAAUGCUUGUCGCCAACCUCCCCGCAUGUCGACCCUUACUCGAACGCGCCCUCGCCCGCCUCACGUCCUUCACCGGCUCGAAAAACAAGUCAUCUAAAGACCCAGCCGCCUCAGCCGCUGUCAAGAACAGUUAUCUCGAGCUUGGGGAGAGGGACCCCACGAGAAAGAACAUCAGCCAAGCUAGUCGAUCUGGGGUUGAGACAAGGGUUUACGGCAGAGAUCUGGGCGAUAUCAGCAGCGACAGCUUGCCAGACGAUCACAGCCAAAAAAGGAUCGUGACAAAGAGUGGGUUCGGGGCGAUCAGAGUGCAGAAAGAGUUUGGAAUGGAGGUUGAGACGAAGCGCGGGGACAAUGUGGUCUAG